CUAGUGACUGUUGUGGAGAAGGGAGGUGCAAUGGAUGGAUGCGUUGCCCCGCUACGCUGUACAUAUUUGUCUUAGUUUAAAGAGAAUGAGUUUCUCUGAUAAUUUUUUACCCGUAGAAAUACUCCACGCUGUUGCGGAGGGCUGCUAAUGCUCCGGGAGACACGUUUUUCGUUAUAGUUUGAAGAUUAGCUGGCUACACAGGCUAGCUCCUCCUUGCUGUCUACCAUCGCAUUCUUGCGUCUCCUGCCUCAGGAAUGUUUUCCAAAAAACCUCAUGGGGACGUUAAAAAAUCCACACAGAAAGUGCUGGACCCAAAGAAGGACGUGCUGACGAGGCUCAAGCAUCUCAGAAUAGUCAUAGAAAAUGCGGAGCCGGCCGAGCUGAAGCAAUUCUUCGACCUGAACUAUUCUCAUAUCUACUAUGUUUUCUUUGAGAAUUUUGUCACCAUUGAGGUCAGCCUCAAGCAAAAAGGUCAUAAAUCUCAGAGGGAAGAGCUGGACUCGAUCCUCUUCAUCUUUGAGAAAAUACUUCAGCUCCUACCCGAGAGAAUCCAGAGCCGAUGGCAGUUCCACAGCAUUGGGCUGAUUCUGAAGAAGCUGCUGCACACUGGGAACUCUCUGAAGAUCCGCCGUGAAGGUGUGCGCUUGUUCCUGUUAUGGAUGCAGGCCUUACAGAGUAAUGCAGAACGUGAGCAGCUCUGCAUGUUUGCCUGUUUGAUUCCUGGAUUCCCGGCUCCGCUCUGCCACGGGACCCCACGGACCCUGGAUACUCUAAUCAACCCACCACUGAGUUUGACAGAGACUCAGGUGACUCCAGAAGAGAUCACUCCACUUGUUCCUCCCCAGUCAGGUGAUAAGAACCAGGAAGAUCUCACUGCCUACUUCCUAGAAGCUCUACUGAAAUACAUGGUAAACCAGGCAAAGUCUCUAGAGUGGCGGUGUAAAGAGAACCAUGAACGUGGCUUCAGUUUCCUCUUUGGUCAUUUCAGGAAGUUCUACCUUCCUCACAUCUUUCCCAACUUCUCCAUGGAAACCAGCCUCUACAGCCCCAUGCUGGAUGUGCCUCCUAUGCGUUCUAAGCCGUACUACAGUGUUGUGCGCAGAGAGCAGGACAGCGGCGAAACGCUGUAUUGCACUAAGGAAAGUUUCCUUCAGGCUCGAGUUGUCUUUAUCCGCUGGCUGGUUUCCUUCUGGCUCGAGCCACGACCCAACACACAUACCCACAUCCCAGGAACAGAGGGAGAGAAUGUCCCCAAGAACAUACAGCGAGCAGCAGCUGGAUUUGCAGCUCGCUCCACAGGCAGCUCAGAGGACAGCGGUGGGGGAGGGAUUCGAUCUGACAGCCACCUUGAAGCAAGCGGAAGCUCAAGUGGGCGAGGAGGAGGAAGCAUGGAGCUCUCCGGAGGUGCAGGGACUGAACCUGAACAGAGCCACUCGAACACAUCUACACUGACAGAGAGAGAGCCCAGCUCCUCCUCACUCUGCUCCAUGGAUGAAGAGCAGCUGACAGACAUGGAGGUGGUGAGAAGAGUGCUGACCAGCUCCAGAACCAACGUCAACUUCAUCACAGAGAUCUUUCGACAGGCGUUUCUUCUUCCCAUGUGCGAGGCAGCGGCAAUGCGAAAGGUGGUCCGAGUUUACCAGGAGUGGAUCUCCAUGGAAGACAAACCAGUUUUCAUGAAGGAGCCAGAGGAGGGCCCUUAUCCUAUAGUCACGGCCACAAGUAUGGAUACAGGCUCGCAAUUCGGAGACAAAGAUGAUGAGGGAAUGAAUAAAGUGAUUGACAGUGAAUUGUUGGAAUACAGUGUUCAUGCUGGAGUUCAAACUACACUACAGGUGUUUAUCACCCACUCCUCUAACGUUUUCCUGCUGGAACCAGCCAACGACAUUAAGAUCCUUUUGGAGGAGCAUGUCGAUAUGUGCAAGCGAGUGCUGAACAUCUACCGCAGCCUUGUCAUGCAUGAAACCAUGGACCAGAAGACAUGGGAGCAGAUCUUGCUGAUUUUGCUGAGGGUGACAGAGUCAGUAAUGAAAAGGCCUCCAUCCAUCAUGCCUCAGGGCAAGAAGAACAACACAUUGUCGGGCAGAUUAGCUGGACCCAUCUUUCAGACACUGAUAGUAGCCUGGAUUAAGGGCAACUUAAACGUCUACAUAAGCAGAGAGCUGUGGGAUGACCUCCUCUCUGUCCUCUCCUCCCUAACCUGCUGGGAGGAGCUGGUCACUGAAUGGUCACUGACCAUGGAGACGCUUACAAAGGUUUUGGCAAGGAACCUGUACAGUGUCGAUCUGAAUGAGCUGCCUCUCGACAAGCUCAGUGAACAAAAACAGAAGAAACAUAAAGGAAAAGGUAUUGGUCCGGAGAGCCAGCGGCAGGUUGUCGAUCGUUCCUUCUCUAAAGGCUGGAGCAGAGACCAACCAGGCCAGGCAGCCGCCAUGAGACAGCGAAGCGCCACCACUGCUGGGUCACCAGGCAUCGAAAAAGCCCGCAGUAUUGUCCGGCAGAAGACUGUAGCCCUGCGUAGCUGUUCUACAGGGGAUUCUCUGCUGUCCUCAGCCUUUAUCCGCAGUGCUAAGAGUGCUCCUGCUCUGGCUCCACCUCUUCCUGUCCUCCUCCACCACCACCACCACCCUUUACUACCCCCCCUUGCCGACCAGCUGGCAGACCUCGAGGAUCCACCAAUCACACUGACAUCCCGCACGUCUCGGAUGCGCCACUCAUCCCAGAGCGACGAGACUCCUCCCAUCUCCUGUUCUGAGGUCUUCCAGGGUGGGGCUUGUGAUCUGGAUACCCCAGCCCCAUCCUCCCUUGCAAGGAGCAGCAGUGCCUCUGACAUCAUGGAGCCUUUCAUCACAGAGCGGGUCAAAGCCAAUAAAGAGGAGGUGGUCCAGAAGGCCCGUCCAGUCUCCACUGAUGUUGGAAGCAGCAACCCAAACUUCUCUGACCUCAUGGAUGAGUUUAUCCAGGAGAGACUGAGGGCCAAAGGAACUUCAGGUCGCCGUGGCAGCAGCCCGGGAAGCCUGGAAGUCCCCAGGGAUCUGCCAGAGCUCCUGGAGGCCAGUCAUAGUCGUGAUGGAUCGCGACCCUUAGAUGAUCUUCGGCCUGUCGAUGAUCCGGGGGUUCCCUCUGAGUGGACGUCACCCGCUAGUGCCAGCGGUUCUGAUGUCAUCAGCUCCGACAGCCAGUCAGACUCCUUUAAUGCCUUUCAGUACUCCACCUGCAAAUUUGAUAAUUUUACUUUUAGCGCCGAGGCGUCUGCAGGGGGAGCUGGAUCUGCAGCAGGAGGGGGAGGAGGUCGAGGCAGCUCGCUGGAUCAGGACAGUCUCGGUGGGGGCGUGGCCUGUGAAGAGCAGGAGGUGGCCAGUUUGACGACACUUCACAUCGACUCAGAGACGAGCAGCCUGAGCCACACUGUCACGGUUACAGGUUCGGAGAGUGCAUCACCCAUGCAUUCACUCGGGGGCUCUCGUUCCCAGACUCCUUCUCCUGCCACUUUGACAGCAGAGCACACUGAGCACACGCAUUCCCACUCCCACACCCAUUUACAGCUGGACCAGAAACUCCACAACUCUGUCUUACAGACCCCCGAUGACCUGGAAACGAGUGAGUUCCCCAGUGAGGACUGUAGCGUGAUGGCGGGCGGCUCUCUGACCGGGUGGCACGCAGAUGUUGCCACGGUAAUGUGGCGAAGGAUGCUGGGUAUCCUGGGAGAUGUGAACAGCAUCAAGGACCCAGAAAUCCACGCUCAGGUCUUUGACUACCUGUGUGAACUUUGGCAAAACCUGGCCAAGAUCAGGGAUAAUUUGGGCAUUUCUCUGGAUAACCAGUCGUCUCCUCCACCCCCUGUUCUGAUCCCACCCCUGAGAAUCCUCACCCCUUGGCUCUUUAAGGCCACCAUGCUGACAGAGCGUUACAAGCAGGGGAAACUUCACGCCUACAAGCUGAUUUGUAGGAUCAUGAAGAGACGGCAAGACGUUUCACCAAACACAGACUAUCUGACACACUUCUAUAACAUCAUGCAUCAAGGACUUCUCCACCAAGACCAGGACAUUGUGAACACCAUCAUCAAACACUGUAGUCCCAGGUUCUUUAGUAUCGGUCUACCUGGAGCCACCAUGCUGAUCCUGGAUUUCAUCAUCGCAGCUUCUAGAGUCACUGCCUGCUCAUCACUCAAUGCUCCAAGAGUUGAAGCACAGAUUCUUCUCGGAUCUCUGGUGUGCUUUCCCAACUUUUACGGGGAGCUUCCUGCUCUCCACCCCACCACAGCUGACGUGGUACUUACCAAGUUCCCUGAUGUCAAGGAGCAUAUCGUCAAAACCAUCCUGACCUCUGCCAGGGAUGAACCCUCUGCUCCUGCUAGGUGUGUGGCUUUGUGCAGUCUGGGGAUAUGGCUGUGUGAGGAGCUGGCCCACGGGACUCAACAUCCACAGAUUAAAGAUGCUCUCAAUGUGAUCUGUGUUACCUUGAAGUACCCCAAUAAGAGUGUAGCGCUGGUGGCGUCAGACAUCCUGCACCUUCUGAUCAGUUACGUUGAUCAUCUGCAGAAAUUCCCACCCGACACUCCAAAGAAGAUCGUAGAGAUUUUGAUUGCCACCAUCACAUACUUGCUGCCUACUACUGAGUCUUCACCUCAUGAACUGGAUAAAAGGCUGGUAGUUUCCCUCCUGUUGUGUCUGUUGGAUUGGGUGAUGGCACUGCCUCCAAAGACUCUUCUUCAGCCUGUGCAAACACGAAGCCCCCCAGAGAGGGACCAGCCUACCAAAACGCUCCUCAGCUGUAUUUAUAAGGUAUUACAUGGCUGUGUGUAUGGGGCACAGUCUUUCAGCAAUCCCAAGUAUUUCCCGCUGCAACUGUCGGACCUGUUGAGUCCAGACUACGACCCGUUCUUGCCUUUAGAGAACCUCCGAGAACCAGAACCGCUACACAGUCCGGACUCUGAGCGAUCCAGCAAACUGCAGCCAGUCACCGAAGUUCGUAGCCGUAUUCAGCAUGGCCUCGUCUCCAUUGCAGCCAGAACAGUUAUUACCCACCUGGUAAACCAUCUGGGACAUUAUCCCAUGUCCGGAGGCCCCGCUACUCUGUCCAGUCAGGUGUGUGAAAACCAGGACAACCCGUUCUGUGAGAGUGCAGAUCUUGGGCCAGAACUUUUCCAUUCACCAAACCUGCAGUUCCUGGUUCUGAAUGGAUCCACGCUGCUGUCUGUGCUUCAGAUCCGAUCAGAGUCCGGUGUGCCAGGAGGCGGAAUGACGGCUGGUUUGUCCUCUGCUCCCGCUUGUGUUCGCGUCAUCAUCCGAGAUGUAGCUGGAAAACACUCGUGGGACUCCGCCGUCCUCUAUGGGCCUCCGCCAUGUUCUCCUAACAGUCCAGCGCACACACUUUUAACACACACGCAGUCACCUCACACUACAAAUCUUCAUUUACGCACCCCACCAGGAGGUCUGCUGAAAAAGAUGGGAGCGAAAAGAGAAGAUGGCGAAGAGGACGGGCAAGAGGAGAGGGGGGCAGAGGAGGGAGUGAGAACGGAUGGUGACAGGCAGGAGUAUCAGGGAGAGGGAGAGGAGGAAGCAGAGGAGAGGAAAGCAAGUGAGGGGGAGAAAGAAGAUCAGAGAGAUGGUGGAGGUGGAUUUGAAAGGGAAGAAGAAGAGGAGGAGGAGGAGAAAGAUGAACAUCGAAUGGAUAGUGAGGCAGAUCCAGCAAAGUCGAGUUUAGAGCAGCAUCUGGCUCCGCCAUUGGCUAAACGCGUGUGUCGGGAGGCGGUGCCAGCGUGGGACUCACUGAGAGAAGGAGAUGAUGCACUGGAUGAAAUGCUGCAGUAUCUGGGAUACUCGAGUCCUGAGUGUCUGCAGAGAGCUGGUAUGCCGCUCAACAUCCCAGCACCACCUCCAGUGUGUGUUUCAGAGAAGCAGGAGAACGAUGUGAUCAAUGCCAUCCUGAAACAAAGUGCUGCUGAGAGAGACUUCGUCCUUCAUAGAGGUGAGGAGCUGAACAUGAGAGCCGUGCAUCAGACUGAACCAGAGACUCAGACGCCACAGUCGGCCUUCUAUUACUGCAGACUACUGAUCAACAUACUGGGGCUCAACUCCUGGGAGAAGAGGAGUAGUUUUCACUUGCUGAGGAAGAAUGAGAAAUUACUGAGAGAGCUGAAGAACCUGGAUUCACGGCAGUGCCGUGAAACCCAUAAAAUUGCAGUAUUUUACGUGGCUGAAGGCCAAGAGGACAAACACUCCAUACUGACUAACACAGCUGGCAGCCAGGCAUAUGAGGACUUUGUUUCUGGACUGGGGUGGGAGGUGGACCUGCCCACUCACUGUGGUUUCAUGGGAGGCCUUCAGAGAAAUCGCAGCACAGGCCAGACCACUCCUUACUACGCCACUUCCACUACUGAGGUCAUCUACCACGUCUCCACUCGCAUGCCCCACGACCAGGACCUUAACCUCACCAAGAAGCUCAGACAUCUUGGCAACGACGAAGUCCACAUCGUCUGGUCAGAACAUUCCAGGGACUACCGCCGCGGGAUCAUCCCCACUGAGUUCGGAGAUGUGCUAAUCAUCAUCUACCCCAUGAAGAACCACAUGUAUUCCAUCCACAUACUCAAAAAACCAGAGGUUCCUUUCUUUGGUCCGCUGUUUGAUGGAGCCAUUGUGGACAUGAAGAUUUUGCCCACCAUGGUGAGAGCGACAGCUAUCAACGCGAGCCGGGCCCUUAAAUCCCUCAUCCCUCUCUACCAGAACUUCUAUGAGGAGCGCGCCCGAUACUUAGAAAAUAUCGUGCAGAACCACCAGGAGCCAACCACGUUUGAGGAUUACGCAGCCCGAGUCUACAGUCCUGCUCCUUGCACUCACCUGCCCUCUGACACAGAGGAGCAUAGUGCAAUGUAUCUGAUGGUCCCGAAACCACUAGACAGCUUUAACCAGCUCAGGGUUAAAGGGAAAGGUCUUAAGCAGAAGGUUCUUCAUGCUAGCUGUGAAUGGCUCCUGCCUAGAGAUUCUUCGGGGAGAAAGUCCGGCUCUUGGGGAGGCCGGGAGCGACACGGCGUCCCCCAUGUCUCCUCGGACUAGCAAGAGCCGCAUGUCCAUGAAGCUGCGACGCUCCUCCGGAUCAGCCAAUAAGACCUGAAAUCCCCAAACUGCAGGACUCAGCCAGAACUCACACUUGAUAUCACAUUAGGAAACAAAAAGCUUUCAUAUCAGCCAAUCGGAGGUAUCAGGAUCCUCAAAAACAAGCCAUUUUAAAUUGGUCCGUUUACAAAGCACACAAAAUUAGGUAUGUAAGCAAAUUAAUAUAAACUCUUGAGUAGGCGCUGAUUCAUCCCAGCAUGUUGUAUUUCUGGUUGGACCCUGGGCUUUAAUGGGCACACGUGUUCUCUUGUACUAAAUAUAUAUAAAAGUAUUCUAUGGGCAAUACUGUAAGUUUUAUUUUGAAAAAUACUCACAGAUGCUGCUCUGUAUAUCUACAGCUUUGCUUGGGAAAAACACACACACACACACACACACACACACACACACACACACACACACACACACACACACACACACACACAC